AUGCACGAAAACUCGCAAAAUAUUCGCGAAAAUAUCCAAAAUGAUAAUAACGAGUCGGAAUCAGAGAUUCAACUUGAACAAGAAACCACAUUCAUAGUCGCUGCAUAUCUGGAACAACACCCGGCCUUACACACCGCCUUCAAAGAAGUACAGAGAGUUCUAGACGAGAACCCCGAAUUACUACCGCGACGGAUAGAUUUCACAGGACAAGAACAUGUACAGAAAUACGAAGAAGUUAAAAGGAAACAUCAAGGAUACGGUGCUGAUUAUUUGCGUCGCGUUAUGCGAGCGCAGCUUGUUAAUAAGUCAAAUAAUGCUAGUGGCUCGCACAGUAGUAAUAGUCUGUUUCAAGGAAUACCUAAUGAAAAGAUUUCUCUAAGUUUACCGGAUCAAAUUCCCACAACAAAAACACCUCUUAAAGAUAAUACUCUCGUGAGCACAUUUGAGUCGCGGGAACUUGGUGGGUCUUAUUCACGAUCCAGAUUCAGUGGAUCUAUUUGCCACGAAUUUGAAGAAGGAGGUGACGACUUUCUUGUCAAAGUCUGGUGCACUAAUACGGCAGCCCUAAUAGCGACAUUGACAGGGCAUGAUGAUGCGAUUAGUGAUAUGAGUUUGAAUAAAGAAAGCACGUUGCUGGCCACAUCCAGCAACGACUGCACUUUAACAGUCUGGGAUCUGAAGACGUAUUUUCCAAUAUAUAGGUUUAACGCGAAUGAUAUGAUGACAUCUAUUGCAUUCGCGCCAUCUCCAAUACCUCAAUUAAAAUAUCUGCUUGCAACGAGUGAUGACGAGAUGACAUAUAUAUUGCCGAUCGACCCCGAUAAUAAAUUCAGUGAACCCCUGUGUUUCCAAGCACGAAGCACCGUCGGAAUCAACAAAAUAAAAUGUCAUGCAUUCAAUUCGACCGGUUCGCUAUUCGCAAUUGGGGGUACGGAUGGUCUCGUGAGGGUGUUCUCGUCGAUUGAUGGACGCAACUUUAUUUCCGACCUUUAUGAUCCCACAAUAUUCAGAUUGGAUGUUGAUGUCUGUCAUAGAUACUUUGACAUUUGUGAUGAAUACGAUAAAAUACCGUCCGACGACGAAGACGAGCCUUCAAAUAAGAAAAAAAAGGUCAUUUCCAAAAAAGGAAAAGCCCCCGAAGGAAACGUAGACGUUGAUAAUGAUAUGAUGGAUAUAAUAAUGAAUGGCACAGAGAUUGAAUUAGAUGAAUAUAAGAACGAAAUCACGGUUAAUCAAAUGGCACCAGAAGACUAUAAUAGCGAGGCAGAAAUAAUAUCAGGGACUAGCACUAGUAACAGUAUUAAAGCAUUUCCAUCCUCAUCAACAAACUUGAUUGAAAAACUUCAAACAGAUAGUUUAUUGAGUAAACUAAAAGGAAAGGAAAAGGAACAUGAUCCAGAGGAGAAGAAUAAAACCAAAAAAGAAAAUGUUACAAUAAAAUCCAAGGGUAAAGGAAAACAGCGAGAAGACGACCUUACAGCGAAUAAUCCUGAUGGCGAUGAACCUAGUGCUGAUGCUCCGAUAAGACGACCUACUCAUUUGGCCGAUUUAGAUGGUCAUAUUAAACCUGUAUUAUCUCUAGCAUUCUCACAUCAAGGAAACAGGAUACUUUCCGGAUCGACAGAUGGGACAGCUCGUAUAUGGGAUUAUGACUAUGAUGUGAAAGAAUGGAAGUCGAUCAUACUGUCAGUUAACAGAAAUGAUCCUGAUGGAGUCAGAGACGAAGUGACUACAGCCGUAUGGACUCCUGAUGAUCGUCGGGUUAUAGUUGGUUCCAGCUACGGACACAUCUUCAUAUUCGAUUCGAGAGAUGGAUCAAUCAUAUAUACUUUUAGGGACCAUAAAAAAGAUGUCUUUGUACUUGAGAUCCAUCCUAUGUUUAAAAAUGUCCUGCUAAGCGCCGGGUACGACGGCUUGAUCUGCUUUUGGGACAUAAUCAAAGGUUCUAAGAUAAGGGAGUUCAAAUAUUCGGUAGAAGAUGAUAACGACGACGAAGAGGACCCUAAUGAUCCUGUUGCAAAAGAAGAACGAAAUAAAAAAUACGUGUUUGUCGACGGGAAGUUUAAUCAAGAUGGAACGAUGUUUAUGGUCGCGGAGGAAAGAGGUUUCGUUAAAUACUUCACUGUUGGAGAUGCGCGUAAACUAGAUAUUAUCGCGGAACGAUUUCCAAAGGGACAGGGAUUCAUGACAGAUUCAUAUAAUAUUUUUGAAUACGGAUUUCCUGCCUUAGAAAUCGAUCCAAUCACAAAAAUUCCUCAUCACCUAAAAAACCGGGGUCCGGUUAUUGCACCCGGAUACGGUUUUGCAUAUGAUCGUCAGUUAGCUAGUGAUUAUGGUCUAAAGUGGCCAAUCGGCGUUUCUCCAACAAUAUUACGGAAACAAGAGAAACACUUGAGACAUACUUGGAGAAGGGAGUUGAAACGAUGGGUAACGUCUGGUUUCAAGAUGUAUAUCCUGCCAAAAACACGCCUAUAUCAACGCCGGAGCAAGUAUCCAAGUGUUGUGAUUGAAAUAGAACCAGAUGAUGAUCCUCUCACUAUGGAUGAGCCAAUACAUCCGCUUCCGCUAGAAGACGCCGAAAAUUACGAACCAAGUGACUAUACUCCGUCCACUGAAGACGAUGAGGAUGAAUACGCUGAGAGUGACUUGGACGCUGAGUUGAAUAAUAUGGUUUCUAAUGGGCGUCCACAAAGACAUACCGACUAUUAUGAUAUUGAAGAUGAUGAGACGCAAUUUAGUAAGAGGACCAAGACAAGAUCUGCUACUACUCGGUACAAUACAAGACACGCGUCCUCAUCUCAGGCUGAAUCUUCACAUCCUACCACCAUAAAUAGUCGUAAAAGAAAGGCAGCGGAAAGUGAUUUUGAUUUCGAUUUUGAUUAUGAGGGAACAGAAGUUACAACAAGAUCGGGAAGACGCUCAACUCGAAGGCGAGUACAAAUCAAUUAUCGCGAGAAUGAUUACACAGACUUCGAGUCGGAUGCCUCGGAAGCUUCGUAUAAACCAACAAUAAAAAAGAAUGUAAGACACAGAAAGAAAUCAUCAUACGCGCGUAAAACGAAAACUCGGAAUCGAGUUAUUGCGUCAAGUAGUCGUACGAGUUCAUCAUCAAAAAGGAACAUCUUCACUCCAGACGAAUUCGAGAGUUUUGAAGAUGAAUAUGAUACGGAGAAAUUUGAACAAGCCGAAGAAGCAGAAGAUUUGGUCGUUGAAGAUUUUAUUGGGGAUAUUGUAGUCUACUUCCGACAAGGACACGGACAAUAUUAUAGUCAUAUAUUGACUAAUUUUGGCGAAACACCGUUCGGUCAGCACCUAGGAUCGGAACAAGCAAUGAAAUUACUCCCUUGGAAUAAGGAUGCCUCUCUUGUCGAUGUCUUAUACGCUAGAGUCAAGUCAAUGGAGUGGCAUGUUGGACCCCCAACUUGGCUUACGAUAAAACUAGAGUUACUACAAGCAUUAAACGCGACUCCCGAAGACCCUGCACCCACAACACCCGAUUGGAAACGAAAAACAAAAGGUACACAGGUCUUGACUAUUGAAUACUAUGAAAUUCCAGAUUUCCCCGACUUUAUAGUUCCUUAUAGUGUUUAUAUAGGCGGACAAGCACAGCAUCUUGGUGUUCAAGAACAAGUAUUUAUUCGAAAUAAAGAUGUUUCAGGAAUUAUUGUUGAAAUAAGUGAAGCAGGGCCUGGGUCAUGGCAGGCGUUUAAAGUUGCACAUGAUAGUGAGGAUGGAAUGACCACCGAAGAAUGGUUAAUGAGCGCUUGGGAAUUACGUAGUCCUAAUUUUGAAACAGAGUAUGUCAUUGAUUCAGAUCUAGCUCGAGAUGUCGCCGACAGAUUAAAACAAACCAUAACCGGAUACAUAAUUAAUUCAUCAUAUUAUGACUUUGUGGACCACGUCAACACACAGUUAUACCCCAUGUAUCUUACCAUUGUUGCAUACCCAAUGUGCUUGAAUAUGAUAUUGAAGCGACUACAAAAUGGGUUCUAUCGGCAUAUUGAGGCUGUUCGAGAAGAUGUCAAAUUAAUCCUUACGAAUGCAAUGACUUUCAAUGAACCACGUUCGAAAAUUGCACGCGUCGCUCUUGAGAUAAAUUUAAAAAUGAGUGAGAUGAUAAGUUUGCCCUCGUGGAUUCAACAAGACGAAAAUAUUCGACCCUUUUGUGAAAAGUAUCCGAAUGAAGCCGCAACACUUUUACAAGUUUAUCGCGAUUUAAAAUUCGUAAAAUCCUGGACUUCAUUAACUAUCGAGGAUAACGAAACGAUUGGACGAUGUUUUAUUGUAGGAAAAAAAUCCAGUCAAGAGUCCCAAACUCAGAUUAUUAUUCCAUGUUCGUCAUUUGAAAUUUGGUCGGUUGAAAGACUCUCGCACCUUUUAUCUUGUAUUUGCCCACCGGACUCUUCUGUAUCCACAUCUGCAUCCUCGCCAUCAUCGUCAUCUUUCAAUGAAUCAACAGCUUCCAAAAGUUUAAUUCUGGCCAUUAAUACCCCCGACUCGACAGUCGUUUAUUACAGUGUUAAUGACGGUACGUCGAUAUUAUCGUCCCCAAUCGUAAAUCAAGGUGAAGGAGGAGCACAACAGCAGUCGGAGGAAUAA